AUGAACAUCGUUUUGGCGGAGCAGUUAUCGCUUGAUUCGGUUGAAUACGACCCGAUCGCGCACCUCAACCUCCUCUUCUCCCACCCGUCCACCGUCUCCUCCGUCGGCCGCGUAUCUUCCACACUCCAGCGACAGAAAGAUGAGCUCACCAAGUCGAUCGACUCGCUCGAGACCGCCCAGGCCUACGGGCCCGACUCGUCGCUCGAGCGCAUGCAGUCCGCCCAGGCCGAGCUGGCCUCCCUAUUCCAGCGCAUCGAGAGCGUCCGCAACCGCGCUCUGCAGACCGAACGAGACAUCACCACCAUGACUGCCGACAUCAAGCGACUCGAUGGCACCAAGCGCAACCUCACCCACAGCAUGACCGCCCUCAAGCGCCUGCAGAUGCUCACCACCGCCUACGAUCAGCUCCGAGGCCUCGCCAAGACCCGCCAAUAUCGCGAAUGUGCCGGCCUCCUACAAGCCGUGCUGCAGCUGAUGCGGCACUUCAACAGCUACCGAAGCAUCGAACAAAUCGCCGUCCUGAGCCGAAACGUCAGCGAACUACAACGCGAACUCCUGGAACAAGUGUGCGAGGACUUUGAGCUGGCAUUCGCCAAGGGGGAGGUUGCCGCCCGGCGCGGCACGCUGGCGGAGGCUUGUCUGGUCAUGGACGCGCUAGGAGAGCAGGCAAAGGCGCGGUUGAUGACGUGGUACGUCAACACCGAGUUGCGCGAAUACCGCUCCGUCUUCCGGGGCAACGACGAGGCAGGCAGCUUGGACAAUAUUGGGCGGAGGUAUGCCUGGUUCAGAAGGAUGUUGCAGACGCAUGAGGGCGAGCAUGCUGCCAUUUUCCCUGCCCAUUGGCGCGUGAACGAAACGCUAUCGAUGGCCUUUUGUGAUGGCACGAGGGAGGAUUUCAAGGGAAUACUGGAGAAGAGCAUGCGGAGGACGGAUGGAGGUACCAACAAAAUCGAUGUCAAUCUGUUGUUGAGUUGCUUGCAGGAGACGAUGGACUUUGAGCAAAGCCUUGAGCGCCGGUUUUCGAGCGAGGUUCGGGCUAGCAUCGAUACUUUGAGCUCGGCGGAUGAUCGGGUGUCGAAUUUCAAUGGCUCUAUCUCGGUCGCAUUCGAACCGUAUCUCAGUCUAUGGGUCGAGUCGCAGGACAAGACGCUGACUGGGAUGAUACCCAAGUACAAGUCGCAACCGCUCAUACCGCCAGACGAGGAGUUCUCCCCACAGGCGGUUAUCCCCUCGGCCAUCGAACUCUUCCAUUUUUACAAGCUCACGCUUUCACAGUGCGCCAAGCUGUCUACUGGCGAGCGGCUGUUGGAUCUGGCCAAAACACUGGCCAAAUACUUGGACGAAUACGCCCAGCAAGUCCUCUUUACCAUCCUCCAGCGCGGAGGACCGCAGGGGCCUCCGGUGCAGGAUAUCAUAUUGGUUCUCAACACUGCGGACUUUUGGCACACCAAUGCCAACCAACUUGAGGACAAUAUCAAGAAGCGGAUCGACCCCGAAAUGGCAUCCAAGGUUGAUCUUUCGAGUCAGGCGGACGCUUUUAUGGGCGUGGCAAGUGCAGCUGUGCUUGCCCUGGUGCACAAGGUUGAAGUGGACUGCGAACCGGCAUGGCGGGAGAUGAAGAACACGAACUGGAGCAGGAUGGAAAGUGUCAGCGAUCACAGCUCGUACGUGAGCGAGCUGCUGAAAAACGUCAACGGCAAGACGGCGGAGAUCCUCCCGUUGGUGGUCAAGCCGCAAUAUGCUCGCGCGUUCUGCGAUCAUCUUGUGGAGAACAUGGCCAACGCGUAUAUCGGCAACGUGGUGCAAUGCCGCCCUGUUUGCGAAGUUGGCGCUGAGCAGAUGCUCCUAGACAAAUACAUCCUAACCAAAGCCUUUGAAAACCUCCUCUCCUUCCACAACACCAACCACCCACCCCCAGGUGCCCCCUCAGACCCCAACGCUCCACCCCCGCCUCCCCCUCCGGCAAGCUACAUCAAGCGCGUCAACCAAUCUAUGACCAAGAUCGACCCCCUCCUCAAGACCCUCCAAGUCCGCCCUUCCCCUCCCGAGGGACUCGUCCAAGCCUACCUCAAUCUCAUCGGCGACCGCUCCGACGCCAACUUCAAGCGCAUCCUCGAACUCAAGGGCGUUCCCAAAAAGGACCACUCCCACCUCCUCGAGCUGUUCUCCAUCCACCGCGAUGGUGCCGGCGUAGGCCGGACUUUGGUCCAAAAUUCCCCGCUUCUAACCCCGCUGUUUGCGUCCAUGGGAAGCAGUGGCAUCGGCGGCAUCGUAGUCCCAGGUCAUCAUGCAUCAUCGCAUAUGGGAAGUGGUAGCGUAACAAGCAGGUUUGAUGCGGCGACGAGUUUGGGAGAAAAGUUGUUGAGUGCGGCGAGGGACAUGAGUACGACAGGAACAACCGAAGGAAGUGCAACGAUAGGAAGUGGCGGGAUAACAACAGCGACGACAACAGCAAGUACAACGGCGAGUGAAAAGGCGACGAUUAAUGAGAAUUUGAAGAAUAUUGGGAAUUUCUUUAGGAGGGAUAUCGGAGCGUUGGGAGCGAGGUUUGGGAAGAGGGAUAUUACGCCUACCGGUGGGGGUCAUGAUUAG